AUGCCAGGAUCACGGGCACAUGAGCAAGGUGGGCUCAAGAGGCGUCGAUGGAGUAGAGAAGAAGAUCAAAAGCUCAUUGAACAUAUGAACAGACGCCCUAAGAGUGGAGGGUGGGCAAACGUGCCAAAGGAUGCAGGGCUGAUGAGUAGGUCUGGAAAAAGCUGUAGAUUGAGGUGGACAAACAAUCUGAGACCCGGUAUCAAGAACGGGAACUUCACUCAAAAAGAAAAUAACACCAUCAUUAGACUCCAAUCCCAUCAUCGCAAUCGGUGGAGCCUCAUCGCAGCUUAUCUUCCAGGAAGGACUGAGAUUCAAAUCAAGAACCAUUGGAACACGCGUCUGAAGAAGAACCUUGCGAGGAAAAAGGAUAUUCCGACCGCCACUCAGACACCGUUGUCACAAAAGUCUCUUGCCGCUGCUGAUUUGUUUGAUUAUACUGGGAAUUAUCGAAACGGCAAUGCCCUGAAGUUGUCAGAUGCACAGCUACCCAAUCUUCACUUGCUGCAUAAUCCAGUACUGCAAGGCUUCGGUUACGUUACACCCAAUCCUCAGGCUCAGCUCCAUGGACUUACUCGUUUCAAUUCAAUAGGCCCUGUUCAGGCUCUCCCCACUACUCUUCCUCCUCAAGGAAGCAGUUUCAAUUACCAGGCUAUGGAACGUCCAGUUCCACAACCAAGGAAUAACCAUGGAGCGGAUUUCAUCAAUAUGCCAACAGACCCUGCUCAGACCCUGCCCAGUCUUCCUCCUCAAGGUCUACUCAGUUUCACUUACCAGGCUAUUGAGGAACCAACAGUUAACAACAACUAUACAGACCAGUUUGGGCCUUUGAUUACCAAUAUUACAAAUACAAGUUCGAUCCCUGACCCACAAGUUAACAACAACCCUGCAACCGAUGUUGGUUCUUUGUAUGGGAAUGUUCCAAAUGGAAGUUCGAUUCCACCAUUAAUGGUUUCAGCCAUCUACAUUACUAACCAAGUGGAAAACGAGAUCACCCUUCCAGCUGAAGAAAUCUCCAACCCUUUCUCCACUUCAACCAUCUGUGAAGCCUGGCCACAAUGGGUUAUGCCUGGCCACAAUAUGCCAACAGACCCUGCUCAGACCCUGCCCAGUCUUCCUCCUCAAGGUCUACUCAGUUUCACUUACCAGGCUAUGGAGGAACCAACAAUUAACAACAACUAUACAGACCAGUUUGGGCCUUGGAUUACCAAUAUUACAAAUUCACCAGUCUGCGGAGACCUUUCACUCGAGUAUUUCUCAUUCGUUCAUCCUAAUACUACCAUUAUGUAG